GGAAGCGCACCGCCCCCGAGGCUCGAGGGGAGGGCCCUGGGCCGCCAGCGAGUUUCGUCCUGAGCGGCGGCGCUAGGACCCCGUGAGGAGCGGCGGGGAGUUGGAGCGGGCGGCGCCAGGACCCGGGGGAAGCGCGAGCGGCGGGCGGCGAGCAGGCCCGGGGGCCGGGAGGCUGCGGGCGGCGGCGCUGGGCCCGGCGCGUCGGGAGAGGCCCCGAGAUGCCGAGCAAGAAGAAGAAGUACAACGCGCGGUUCCCGCCGGCGCGGAUCAAGAAGAUCAUGCAGACGGACGAGGAGAUUGGGAAGGUGGCGGCGGCUGUGCCGGUCAUCAUUUCCCGGGCGCUGGAGCUCUUCCUGGAGUCGCUGCUGAAGAAGGCCUGCCAGGUGACCCAGUCCCGCAACGCCAAGACCAUGACCACGUCCCACCUGAAGCAGUGCAUUGAACUGGAGCAGCAGUUUGACUUUCUGAAGGACCUGGUGGCCUCCGUGCCUGACAUGCAGGGGGACGGAGAAGACAACCACAUGGACGGGGACAAGGGUGCUCGCAGGGGCCGGAAACCAGGUGGCACCAGCCGGAAGAAUGGUGGCAUGGGCAGCAAAGGCAAGGACAAGAAGCUGUCAGGGACGGACUCAGAGCAGGAGGAUGAUUCCGAUGACACAGAUACUGAGGGGGAGGAGGAGAUGCUGCAGCCCCCGGCCCAGGCCAGCCACCCCCCUGCCCACUUUCAGAGCCCCCCGACACCUUUCAUGCCUUUCACCUCCUCGACCAUGCCUCUGCCCCCAGCACCCCCGGGCCCAUCAGCACCUGACGCAGAGGACGAAGAGGAUUAUGACUCCUAGCACCCCCUGCCCCCUAGGCUAUGCCCCUUUUUAGUUGGUUUUAGUUGCUCUGGGGGGAGGAGAGCAACGAGACCUGUUCUUAAAUUUAUUAAAAAA